GGCUGGCGCCGGGGCCGGGGUGCGGCGGAGCCAAUGGGAGCGCCGGGGAGCGCGCGCCGGGUCGGGAGCAGCCUUGAGUAGUGCUUGGCUGUGCCCCUCCUUCGUGCUCCAUAGGAAAGCGGCGAUGAUCACAUUCAUGAACAAUUCGGACAGUGAGGAGGAGCCCUGCAAUGAGAGAACAUCCCUGAUGUCUGCAGAGAGCCCUCCAGUACCCUCCUACCAGGAUGGCCUGCAAGCCUCGGAAACAGGGGAAGUGCAGGCACACAGGAAGAGGCGAGCAGGUAGCAGCCGUAGCCCAAACAAUAUUGCGAGUGGAGAAAUGUCUGGCUCUGGUGUUCCAGUGAGAGAAAGCGCCCCGGAAAAUGAAGAGGAGGAACUGACUCUGAAAUAUGGAGCAAAGCAUGUAAUCAUGCUCUUUGUGCCUGUCACCCUUUGUAUGAUUGUUGUCGUCGCCACCAUAAAGUCAGUGCGCUUCUAUACGGAGAAAAACGGGCAGCUGAUCUACACCCCUUUCAGUGAGGAUACCCCGUCUGUGGGCCAGCGCCUCUUGAACUCGGUGUUGAACACUAUCAUAAUGAUCAGUGUCAUCAUUGUAAUGACUGUGUUCCUAGUUCUGCUCUAUAAAUAUCGCUGCUACAAGUUCAUCCAUGGCUGGCUGAUCCUGUCCUCUUUGAUGCUGCUCUUCCUCUUUACCUACAUAUAUCUUGGUGAAGUAUUGAAGACCUACAAUGUGGCCAUGGAUUACCCCACUCUGUUCUUAGUCAUCUGGAAUUUUGGAGCUGUUGGAAUGAUUUGCAUCCACUGGAAAGGUCCCUUGCAGCUCCAGCAAGCAUAUCUCAUUAUGAUCAGUGCUCUAAUGGCAUUGGUUUUCAUUAAAUAUCUACCUGAGUGGUCAGCAUGGGUGAUUCUAGGUGCAAUCUCCAUCUAUGAUCUGAUGGCUGUUCUCUGUCCCAAGGGGCCACUGAGAAUGCUGGUAGAAACUGCACAGGAGAGAAAUGAGCCAAUUUUCCCUGCAUUAAUAUAUUCCUCUGCUAUGAUGUGGACAGUUGGAAUGGCAAAGCCAGACACAGCAGCAAGAGGAUCAAGUCAGCAGACAUGGGAUACAGCUGAGGAUGGGAGAGAACACCACAGGAGCCCUUCACAUGCAGACUCUCAGAUGUCAGAGACGAGGAGUCCUGUUCCAACUCGCCCCAUCACUUCUUUAGAGGAGCUCGAGGAGGAGGAAAGGGGCGUGAAGCUGGGCCUUGGAGACUUCAUAUUUUACAGUGUGCUUGUUGGGAAAGCAGCUGCCACAGCUAGUGGAGACUGGAAUACUACGCUUGCCUGCUUUGUAGCCAUUCUCAUAGGUUUAUGCUUAACACUUUUAUUACUAGCUGUUUUUAAGAAGGCACUGCCUGCUCUUCCCAUCUCCAUCACCUUUGGCUUGAUCUUUUACUUCUCGACAGACAACCUUGUGCGACCAUUCAUGGACACCCUGGCCUCCCACCAGCUGUAUAUUUAGAAGAAGUGGGAGUUAGAGGAUUCUUUUUCAAGCUUUGCUGUGAAGUAUGGUACACUGUUUGGAAUAGGUCAUAAAGUUUUUACACGUAGUGCCAUAUAUUUGUAAGGAAAACACUAAUUCUGUGACAUGCUGUGUACUAAAAAUCUAAUAGUUAUCUGUUAAACUGAGAUUUUUCACAGGAUUCUUGGUGAAAAGCCUGGCUCCUUGCUGAUGUCAGAGUGUUACUUUUAUGUUAUUUGAUAUGCACAGUGGCUGUUGUGAGCACAGAAACCUGUAUGUAGAAUGGGACACUAGAGAGGUGAGGGGUCUGAUCUUCCAGAAGCUAAGGUGUUUUAGCCCUGGAAUUGCAGACAACUUUAACUGUGCUGUGGAAUUUCUGAGUUUUCAUACAUUUGAGGUGUUGUGCAAACACGAGCUUGAAGUAAUCAGAAAAGCAGAGCAGGCAACAUGCACAGAACAGAGCAGCGUGUGAGCACUAGAGCAGUGAGGCUGAACUCUGUAAGUUGGCUGCUGUGCACACAAUAUCUGUUGAAAUUGCCCCAAAUGCCUAUUUAUUCUGACCUUAGUUAGACAUAGCAAGCCAUGAUGGAUCUAGACUGGGUGUCAGUGGUGGGAUGCAUCCCUCACUGUAGCCAACAGCUAAUGGAGGUGGAGCUGCCCAUUCCAGCACAUCAGAUCCUCAGCGUGGGAAAACAGAUACUUUUCUGCUCUCUCCUCCCAAGGUUUUUUUUUUUUUUUUUAAAUGUUUUUCUGGGUCCAUACUGGAAUCCUCAAAUUACCCUAAGGUGGAAAUGACUGAACAACUCCAGUAAAUCAGACCUGUAACUCAUUGUGUGUGUUUCUGGUCUCAUUUCUGUGCAUUGUUGUAACUACUCCAAAGGAGGAAUUACCUUCCCUUUAUGAAGAGGUCCCCCUCUUACAGUGAUUGAGGCUUGGUUUGCCUAGGUUUUUGUACUGUUUAAAGACUUUCUUUUUCAUUACAAGUUUUAAAAUAGCUAUUUACUGUCAAAGGGACUCUUUUGGAAAUAUCCUGUCAUAGUUUGUAUCAAAAUAUCGGGGUGCAAACUUUAAUCUGCUGUUACAUUACUUCUAGAAAUAGUUACACACACUCAAGUGAGUUCAUUAAAAAAAUUGGUGCUUGGUGCCAGUAAAAAAUAUAUAGGUCUGACUUAACCUUUAUGUUUUCUCCACCUUUGAAAAUGACUUUAUUUCUACUCUGAGAGUCAGUUUUUCAGUAAUAGCCAAGUUCUGUGAUUUUCUCCUUUCCUUUUUACUUGAGUGUUUGUUAUGCAAACAAGCUUUUUUUUCUUUGACAGCUGAUCAAUGUCAGAAUAUGUAACACAAGAUUUUGUGAAUAAUGCAACAUCAGUGAGAGAUGGAGAACUUUAUCUCUGAAAAACUUUUUAGAUAAGGCUUUGAAUUACACAUUUUUGAUGUAGUACCUUUUUCUAAUAAACUUGUUCCAGCUAAUCUACUUUGAUAUUUAAUAAGGACAUCAUGCAGGGGAUUCAAACUGAUUUUUAAGAAGGACGUAAGGGUUUUUACGAGUUGUGUGUGUGUGUCUCAGCCUGGACAAUAAGUAAUUCUUCCUCUCUGUUAGUUUUCUGUCCUCAUUUCCUACAUUUGCAAAAUUUGGACUUAACAGCUGCAGACAGAGUUAACUAUUACUAAAAGGUAUUUCCUUUGGAAACGUAAAUCAGUAGACUUCUGCCUGCUGAUUUUUAAGGUUUAUGUGAGAGUUGUUUUUUCUAUUUGUUUGUUUGUGUUUGUUCUUUUUAACUAAGUUAUGGGGCCAAAUUGGAUUACAAUCACUGGCAAACAUGAUUUCACUUUUUGCAUUGCAUGGUGUAGAGAGGAUGUGAAAUAUUUGUAUGUGCUGGGAGAAAUAUCCUGCUUGGCUUAUCAGGGUUGUAGCAUAUUGUUAGAAACAAUUUAUUUCUAUGAAAGCAGAGCUGAUACUUGAAGGAAACUGGGAGGGGAACCUUCAAAUAUUGAAGGAUCACUGCUGGAGCUGGUGGUUUUCUGCAGAUAUCUACUUGCCAAAGACUGGCCUUUCACUGAGCAAUUCAAAAGGUAACCAAGCAAGAGAUUAUGUCAGUGCAACAGAAUGUAUUGUCCUGGUGAGUGACAGCAUGAAUAUACUGGAGUGGUUAUAAUUGUGUAGAAGUUCAUAUGUAUUUACUACAAAUAUAUAUAUAUGUGUGUGUUUGUGUGUGUAUAUACACAAAUACAUGCAAAUUUUAAAAUGA